AUGGCGGGCACAUCCGCCGCGGUCAUGUUGUCUCCAACACCAACUCUUCACUUGCCCGCUUCCAAGGUCAAGAACGUCGUGAGACUCGAACGCACGGCCGAGAGGAUGAGUUCGAAUGGCAGCGAUUUGGGCGAGGAGAUUCGGCGGCUGAGUCGCGGCAACUCGGUCGCGUCGUCGAACUAUGGCGACACACGACCGGGCAUGGGACGGGUGGGGAGCAACGCCAGCAGCAGGAGCAAUUCGUAUGGCGUGGCAAGAUAUGGCGGAUCAAAACCGACGAUGCUGGAGCGCGGAUUGAGCACGAGGAGUAGCAGGAGCAGUUCGCAUGGGGUCAAUGCGGCUGCAAGGGGAGGAGGGUAUUCGCCAAACGGAUAUGUCACUUCACCUGUCGGGUCGCCAACGGAGUCCUGGCCGCAUGCUUCUCUCAGUCGAGUACAAUCUGGAUCAAAGACAUCGCGUCUCGCGCAGGUCAGCGAGCCGUUGCAAGAGGGCCGACCGCUGGACUCACCACUGCGGCCGAGCUUCAGUGUGCACGAAGAGGAGGAGGAUCAAGAUAUGCUACAGACCGCAGCAGGCGGACCAAUGGACCGCUCGCGAGAUGUUUCGCAGACUUCGUUCGGACACAGGUACGACCAGAUUGCUGGACAAAUCGCACAAUCAUUAGAGCACGUGCCGCCUUCGCCACCGAAAGACCCGGCGCAGAUGCAUCGUGAAGACGCGUUGCAGCAGUUGGGAGUUGGAGGGGACGAGAUGGGACCACGGCGACCUUCGUCGACAGAUACAUACCGUGAGGCGCAACUAGCGUUCAAAGACUUUGAUGGCGUGCACUUCUCCCCCGACACGGAUGAGUACGUUGCGGUGGAUGAGGCGGGCAACGAGGUCCGCCGUGUGUCUGCUCGCAGCGUGUCGGGAGGCAUGUCCGAAGAAGCUGCUUCGAUGCUGAGGACCGCACACGACCGGCCCGUUUCAUUUGCACCUCCACCACCUGAAGAGGACAUGGUCUACUAUCCAGCCCCGGUACCCAGAAUGCUGAACCUGCCUAAGAGGCUCUCGCAGCUGCCUUCAGCAGACGUCCAGGCUAAGAGGAGGUCUCAAAUGCUGGGCGUAAUGCCUGAUAAUGAUAGAGCAGGAGCACCAUGGCUGGCGCAGGAGGGGGGAGGUUCUCGAGGACACAGCAGGAAUGCUUCUGGAUCAUCCGACGCCAUACACAAAGCGUUCCUGAACGAGCGUAUGAGCGGCAACAUGAGCAAUCUGCCACCCCAACUGAGGGCGAACAUGUACUUUGAGCACCAGCCGGUACAGCAUGAUGUGGAGGUCAAGUCGGAGUCCGCUGUUGCGACACUGGACGAUAUUCUCGCCGCUUCUGCUACAGCACCCAUCCACGCUUUCACCGAUCAUCCAUUCGCGGGCGAUGUGCGGAGCUCGGUGUACUCCAUGGAACACAUAGCAAGGAAGAGCACGGCAACGCUCGGAAGCGCACCCUCACCCGAGCAAAAGAAAAUCAAAAAGAGACGAAGCAGUAGUAUUGGAGCUUUGCUCAGACGGGCCACAAGCAACGACCAGCUCACCGACACAUUGAAGAAACGCAACAGCCGGGGUAGCAUCAUGACGGAGUUCACUGAGGGUGGGAAUAAGCUGCGGAAGCGGCAGAGUCAGUUGAGCAUGGGCACGCAGCUUGAGCAGGAUGGUCGCGUGCAGACGCCGGCGUCUGAACUCAGGGAGGGCAAUCGACAGUCUGGUCUCAUUGCAUCGGCGCAGAAUGCCGAUGAGGUAGAGAUGGACGACGACCGUCGAGUGUCGAGAGCUCCCACCGUAAUGAGCAGCGGCUACAAGCUCGAUGACGCAGAUCAAAUUGAUGAGGACUUCAAGGAACUGGAGACGCAAGAAGAUGCGGAAGAAGGCGAGCCCGUCUUUGUCCAGCCCAGCACUCUACUCGCCGAGCUUCAAGUCCGCAAGAUGCAGUUGAAGUCGCGAAACAGGACUGCCGCCACGGCGUUCCCGCGAGGCAUGCAUAGUACGCUGCUCGAGCUGGACGCCGUGGAGGAGAUCAGCAAGCGCAAACGCCAACAACAGCGCAUCGCUCUGGCGUGGGAGGACCCGCACCAGCGAGCGCUGGAAGCAGACAUGGACAAGAACGACGAGGACGUGCCGCUUGGGAUGCUCUUCCCGGGCAAGGACGGUGCGACUGCGCGGAAGAUGAAUGAUGGGAAGGACUGGGAUCGGCCGCUGGGGCUAAUGGAGAAGCGGCUGAUGGAGGAUAGUGAGCCGUUGAGCAAUCGCAGGAAUAGGUUGAGAGGGGUUUCGCCGGGUAGAGGGAGGAUGCCGAUGGCGAGUGCGUCGCAGUUGAAUCUUGCUGCGGAGGUGGAGGCAGAGGAGAAUGGCGGAGAGGAAGAAGAUGAGCAUGCGGGGGAGACGCUGGGCGAGAGGUUGCGGAGGUUGAGGACGAAGCGAGAGCUGGAUGGCGCGCUUGCGGAUAUCACUGGCGAUGAGAAGUCGGGCUCGAGGCCGGUGAGUAGGCUAGUCGACGACGUGAUGAGUCAAUUCGGCGGCCUGGACGUGAAGGAUGAGAACGGCGAAGCAGCUGCCGGUGCUCCACCACGAGACGAAGAAGAAACACUCGGCCAACGGCGAGCCCGCCUGCAGCGCGAACGUGAAGCCGGCGGCGAGCGCAACGUCAGCGGCUCAUCCGCCGACCGCCCCGGUCUACAAUCCCGCAACAGCUUCGCCAACCUCCUCACCUCCAACCCCGUCGGCCAACGCACCGCCUCCAAAACCUACGAGCCCGCGCAAGGCUCCCUCCUGCACUCCAACGAACGCAUCCAAGCCCGGCACCGCAAUCAACUGCAGGCCACCAACACCAACUCCGCUGGUCUCGGCAUGCCGCUCGUCGACUCAAAGCAACAAGCCAUGUACGCCCCGAAUUCAGGCGGACUGCUCGGUCAGCAGCACAACAGCCGCGCUCCUUCGGGAGGCUUCGCGGCAGGAACCUACAACAACGGCAUGGGCGGCGUCCAACCGCAGCCUUCGCCCAUGGGGGCCAUGAGCGGCUACUUCUCCCCCAACCCUGGCAUGAACGGGUACGGCUACGCAGGAACGCCGGGUAUGAUGUCCGCGUACAACCCUUACCAACAGCAGCAACAACAGCAGCAGAUGGCUAUGAUGCAAAUGCAACAGCAACAGCAACAGCAACAGCAAGCAAUGCGCAACCCAGCCGCCUACCACGCCCUCCACGGUGGGCACGGCGGCGGUGGGAUGGGGCAGGGCAUCAACGGGUUCAGUAAUGCGAUGAUGAAUGGGGGCGGGACGUAUGCGAGUUUUGCGCAGAAUCAGGGGAUGAUGAUGGGGGCUGGAGGUGCGGGAGGGAUGAUGGGGAUGGGAGGCAUGGGGAUGAUGGGAGGACUGGAUGAGGAGGGACUGGAUCCGAAGCAGAAGGCUGCGAUUGAUCGGUGGAGGGUUGGGGUUGCGCAGCAGUGA